UUGAGAGUUGGCAAGUCCAUCUGCCUGAAUCAGAACAAUCCGACCAUCGUUCUGAAAUAGAACAGUGGCCCGCAUCUGUAGUUUGCACUUUCACCUGCUUACAGCCAGAAUUGACCUCAAAGAGGUUGAGUCGAUGAAACAGACUUUUUUCCAACUUUGAUACGUUUACAGCCUGAACCCAUCCACACGCCCAUUAGUGUUCAGUCAGGAGAAAAAACUCCACUUCAUCAAUCUAAACGAACUUACAAGGGACGCCAACAAACUCGCUCUCCUUUUUGCCACUCUAUCAGCAUAUACAUAUAUGCCCUUUUAUACCCUUACCUGAACGCAACAGUAACUCUUCUCAGGAUUUCUCUCUGAAGUUCAACAAAACACACCAUGUCCAACGCUUUAUUACUACGAUUGUUCACUUCAGAGUUUUUUAACUCAUGGAUUGCUGUUUCUUACCUCUUUCGAUACCCUGAUAAUGUCGGUAUUCAACACUAUCUUUGCAAUGAGCUCAAGUCGUUCCCAAUGUCGGAAAUUGAAUUCUUCCUUCCUCAACUUGUACAUCUACUCAUAAGUCGACCCUCUGAAUCAGUGGCUCUGGAAUGCUUUAUCCUUGAUCAAUGCCAACGAUCCACUCACAUGGCGCUUAUGACCUUAUGGUACUUACAAGCUUACCUAUCGGAUUGCUCAUCGACUCCUACAAGUCCAUCUUUUAUGCUAUGUAAACGGGUUUUCAAUAAGUGUCAGGCCAUUGUGUUCUCCGAUGGCUCGUCUGCACAGAUUGAACUUGCCGACUCUGGAUCGGUGCGUCCGGAAAUUCUCACCAACAAGGUCAAAGAGAAUGUGUCACCUGCUUUGGUGGGUAUGGCAGCCAUGCUUGCAGGCAUUGGACAACCGCUCAUGACGAAAGCUGCCGGACAAAUUGCUAUUGCUCAGGGGCGACGAAACAGAGCACUCAGCAUUACCGAACCACCACUCACCGCAUUGGCUAGACGAAAUACUGUGAAUGGGGAUGGGUCUGAGCGAAGCAGUCAUGACGAUCAAGGCGCGCAACGUCGUAAUCAGAUCGUUACAAGAUCGCCAGCGUCUGCAGAAAUGAAUCGUGGCUCAAUGCCAUCUUCGCCGACUACCACAUCGCCUCCACAAAGAGGAGUUAAGCCGCCUUUCCAAUCGGCUUCCCAGCCUGAUCUUCCAAUUCCAAAGAGACACUCGUUGCAGCUUCAUCAUGUAGCAACCUCACCAUCCUUAGAAGAUCUUCAUCGAGGGAAAGCAUUUUCAGUUGGGCGCUAUCUUAAACAUGCUCAGCAAAAAAUCAAUCGUAAAAUCAAUCCAAGUUCUAGUUCUGGUAGUUUACCUGGCACUUUCUCGGUUUUUGACCCUAGUACCACAGCCCUUGCCAAGUCCACUGUACCCACUGUUUCCGCACCGCUGUCUCCAUCUCUUUCUCAAGUUUCAUCUGAAGAAAUCUUCUUCAGCCGGGAUCCAUCGGGACAAAUCAAAAGGCAGUCAAGUUACUCCAUGUCGACGGAUUCCUUCUCUAGCCAAAUGUACGAUGGCGGUGACAGUCAAGAUGGCUCGGAUUCUGAUGAUGAGAUCUCAACGCUUUCUCGUCUCAGCGUUGACCAUCGACGAUCAUUGCUCAGGUCGAACUAUUUCAACUCGGAAAUGCAGUUUCUUUUGGCAUUGGUAGAUAUAGCAACUCGUCUUGUCAUUGUACCGAAACAUGCAAGAGUCAGUUCGUUGCAUGCAGAGCUGACACUCUUGAAUCACAAUUUACCAGCGGAAAUUUGCGUGCCAUUGUGGUGUCCAGCCACCAUGGAGCGACCUCACCAUCAUCGCGUUGUUCGCAUCAGUCCAUCGGAUGCUGUUGUAUUGAAUUCUGCUGAACGGGCUCCCUAUUUGUUACUGAUUGAGGUCUUGGAUGAUGAUUUGAGCUUUGACGACUAUAAGUCCUUAGCUACUCUUAAGAAGCGAAAACAACGAAAGGCGGAGCGUAAGAGACGUCACGAGAGUGCUAGAGCUGAGGCUGGGGAACUUCCUAUAGCCCUCUCAUCCGAACAGGCUGAUGAUGAAGAACAAGACAUUGGCAGAGUGGAAACUACAUCAUCCGACGACCCAUCGGUGCCACGAAAUAGAUCAUCCACCCAAUUACCCACAACCGUCCAUAUGCCGUCUCCUUUGAACACAUCGUUCACUCCAAAUGAUUUGCCUAGAGAUGAUAAUUCUUUACAAAGUAUUCCCAGUGACUUGAACGCCAACCCUGAAGUCGAUCAGCAGACCAAAACAGCUAGUGAAUUUGCCGAGAGAAUGCGCACAGCGGCUAUUAUGCUUGCUCAAUUGCAACAACAGAGUGUUGCCAUCAAGCUCGCACCGGCUUCAUCGUCCUCUUCGGGCAACAAGUCGGCUGCAGCUCGAACCAAAUUGGUCACAGAAGGUAUUCGACAACGCAUCAUCAAAGAGAUGAUGGCGUUAGAAGACCAGCGAAUGGCCAAAAUGAGAGUUGAAGGCGUGGAAGGGGGUAUUGGUGGCGGCGGUGGCGAAGGAGCCGGUAGCUCCAUGCUGGACGAUGAAAGCAGAGUAGCUCUCGUUGUCAACAAGGAAGAUCCCAGUGCUGCUGUGUUUGCAGAGGACUGGGAAGAAAAGAAAGCCCGCAUACGAGCUGCAUCCCCUUAUGGCCACCUUCCCAAUUGGCGUUUGAUAUCUGUGAUUGUAAAAAAUGGAGCAGAUUUGCGACAAGAACAGUUUGCCAUUCAAUUGAUUCGAGAAAUGCAGCGUAUCUGGCAGGACAACGGUGUUGACGUUUGGGUCAAAUACAUUCGAGUGCUGGUUACUUCGGACAAUUCCGGUUUGAUAGAGACUGUUCGCAACUCCAUAUCGAUCCAUUCCAUCAAGAAAGACGCAUAUACACGCGGAUGGAACGAUGCUGGCGCAGUGUAUACACUGUACGAUUACUUUAAACGACGAUAUGGUCCUCCAACUUCUGCAAAAUUCCUCAAGGCUCAGGAUGCUUUCAUGCGAUCCUUGGCGGCCUAUUCCAUUGCAUGCUAUAUACUGCAAAUCAAAGAUCGCCACAAUGGAAACAUUCUAGUGGAUAACGAGGGACAUUUGAUUCACAUUGAUUUUGGCUUUAUGCUCUCCAAUUCUCCUGGGUCUGUCGGAUUUGAAAUGGCUCCCUUCAAGCUUCCGCAAGAGUACGUUGAUAUUCUUGGCGGUGUACAUGGCGAGAAGUUUGCAGAGUACAAGGCUAUGAUGAAGGCAGCAUUUUUGGCUGUACGCAAAAACAGCGAAAACAUUAUACUGCUGGUUGAAAUGAUGCGAAAAGACUCCAAACUACCUUGCUUCCAGAUGGGAGAACUCACCACCCAACAACUGCGGGAUCGAUUCCAACUUCACUUGACUGAACCACAAGUCGAAGAGUUUGUAGACCGACUGAUCAUGAGUAGUUGCUGUAAUGUCUUUACCCGGCUGUACGACACAUUCCAAUACUACUCUCAGGGAAUCUUGUAAAGAAAAUAAUUAAUUAACUCAUACACACUAUUCUCUUUCUCCCUUAUUACGCUAGAAUUUGGACUAUGACAGUCAUAAAAUGUAUUUAUAGUGCUACAGGA